AUGGAAACUCCAUUAAACAACAACAGACAAGACGGUGAAACGAUCUUAGUUCCUCAAGGAUGGUAUAACCACAUCGAUGUGGUAAGCCAAUACACAGCUGCGAAUAUCAAAAAUGAUAGUGCUCAGCGCGCAGCCCUAUCCCAGCAAAACAAAGAUACUUUAAAAGCACAGAAAGAUGCCCUAGUUCCUUCUGUAGCACAAAGAAGGCAUACGCUGAGGAUGAAACCUCAUCGAUCUUUCGAGAAGUUUUGUCCAACUGGAUUUAGGUUUCAAAACCACAGAAAAUGCCAAUCUCACAGCACGCGCAAACAAUGUGGGUGUGAUGACCUCACCAGCCAACAAUAUUGCACACGCCCUCUUCAAGCAAAUCAAUUUCAGAGCCAAUGGCACCGUACUCACCGAACAAGUAGACAUGUACCAUCUUAAAGCUUUCAUACAGACGAUCCUUAAUUAUGACAGGAAUGAUGGAGAGACGAUACUCGAACCAGCUGGAUGGCGGAACGAAAUUGAUUCUCCUGUAACCUACACCACUGCAAAUGUAAAGAUGGAUGAUGCCGCGUAUACAGCUCUUUCUACAAAUCAUCAAGACAGCAUCAAGAAACAGAGAGCAGAUGCAAGAGAAUGAAACCGUUUAUAGACGCGUUUCACCAAGGAAAAUGGAUCGUCCCCAAAACUCUUUUGGAAUUGGAAUUUUAUCUGAAUUCAGCAGCUUUGUUCAUGAAUAGAGAAGCCAAUCCACCCGAUGACGAAGUCCGAGUCAACCCAGAGGAUAUUAAACUUACCUUCUUUCUCUGUCUUCUGUCCCUAAACCCAGCCGUCCAAGUAUCACAUGAUCCGUUUCCCCUAGACAAUGGGGCCACUUCUAAAGAAAUUAACAACCCAUUCGAUGGAAAGGUGCCCCAGAGAGCCAUCAUUGGUAUUCUGAAAACUACUGCAUUCAAUGGUCAAUACAACGAAGACCCCUUGGCCUUUGGAAAAUUUUGGCUGGAAUACAUCAGACAAAUUGUGAAUGGAGAAGAAUACCCUUACGAGACCUUGGAACUCAACACGGCUAAUGGUCAAAAAGACUUGGUGGGUUAUCACCGAUUUCUGAAUGCUACUGGCUGUCUGUACAGAAAUGCAGGAAACAUGGUGCGAUUCAAAGACUGGGGUCAUGGAAAAAAUUGCACGCUGUUUGCGUUUUCCAAUGUGGCCAAUAGAAGACAAGAUGACCUGGUUCUUCUACCUAAAAAGGAAGGCUUCAUCAACAUUCACAUUAAUUGUGCAGGGCAAGCAAGUCAGAAAAAGGUGAUCGUUUAUGCUGAAUAUGAAAGCAUUAUGGAAAUUGAUGGCAUUAAAGGAGCUACCACCAUGGAAGUGUGUGAUGGAGUUUGUGUGGCUUACUACAAAUCAACUCAACGCUUUAGCGGAUAGCGAUCCAGAACUCCGCAAGUACUUUGUGAGUGCUUUAGCCUGUGACGAACUACCCGAGUCGCCUGAACGUGUGAAACCGAGAGCUUACAUUGUCAAUACCCACCCUGCAGACAAACCUGGGGAACACUGGAUAGCUGUGUGGACCGAACAUGAUAGCUGUAAAAUUUUAGAUAGUUAUGGUUUAGAUUUAACCACCUAUGAAUUUCUGACACCAUUCAUUGUAUGGUUAAACCGAUAGCCUUACGUGCGUAAAAAUACUCGAGUAUACAAUCGGUAAAAACCGCAAGUUGUGGAAAUUAUGCCAUGAUUUAUUCAAUGUGUAAAGCAAGACGCAUGAGUAUGGAUGAGUUUUUUCCAUGUUUUCUAAAAAGGAUUAUGUAGGCAACGAUUAUAAAGUAGGCGACAUGUUAGAAGACAUCAUUCAAUCGUUAAUAAAAUAAAAGGAAUGAAAUAAAAUCGUGUCAUUUUUGUGUAACUCGCUUUUAGCAAUCAUGUUCAAGUGUGUGGAACCAGGA